UCUAUGGCAGCCUGCAUUUCAGGACCUUUGAUGGGAUGGACUACACGUUUACAGGGCUUGGCGAAUAUGUCAUUCUCAGACUGUCAUCUAGCAAAGGAACCAACGUGUUCACUCUGCAGGGCCUGACAGACGUGGUGAAAGUUGACCAAGCACCAGCCAGUGUCACCGCCUUUAUGCGCCUUGUUGCUUUCUACCAAGGGAAAGGCAAAGUGGAGUGGAGGCCAGCGAACAAUGAAGGGGAGCUCCUGGUGUUACUGGAUGAUGAGGAGGUCAGCCUGGCAUCUGGUGAUGGCCUUUGGCAGUCUCCACAGAAGGACUUUGCCCUCCUCCGCCCUGUGGACACACAGAGUGUUCUCGUCUAUAGCUCUGGUCUGCAAAUCUCAGUGGACAUGGACUCAAGUGGCCAUUUGAGAGCCGUCAUUAAGGUCCCUCAGUCUUUUUACAACCGGACUGUUGGUCUACUGGGACAGUGGAAUGGAGACAAAAUGGAUGACUUCCUCUACUCCAAUGGAAAGCGUUUAUCUUUCAAAGAUGGGAACAUCCCAACUGAGAAGGAGAUCUAUGACUUUGGCCUUUCCUGGACUGUCCCCCCACCCGAAAGCUUGAUCCUCUCAGACCAGGAAUCCAGUAACUUCCACCCUGUCUUCAUGGAGGAGCUCCUGACAUCAGUGAGUGCAGACCAACUUGAAGAAAUCAGGGCCACCUGUGGAGGGAAGAGCCCCUGCAUCCAUGACCUUCUUGCCACUGGCCUCAUUGCUGUGGGCAUGCAGACCGUCCAGUUCUUGGAGAAAUCUGAAAAAGUGCUGGCUGUGUUUGGAAACAUGCCUCCCUCGAUUACGGGCCCUUCUGUAAUUCAGUGUAAAGUGAACUUCACGACUACAGUUGUAUUCAUGGCGGUGGAUCGAAAUAACGACACUAUCAGCUUUUCACUUUUAAUGCCAGUUCCUGAAGGGGCUAUCAUGAAGCCAGCUACUGGAGAACUGACGUGGACUCCCCGGAAUGCAAACCCUGUGGUCCUAACAGUACAGGUUAAUGAUCAGCUUUCAGAAACUGUGACCAGUCCUGUCAUUCAGAUGUGUAAUUGUAUCAAUGGCGGCACCUGCGACUACAGCAGAAUAAUCCAGAGCCACCAUAAAGGAAAGUUUCAGGUGGUAGGAUGUCUUUGUCCACAGGGAUUCUCUGGCCCUUUGUGUUCUAAUAUCACUGAGUCAUGUAAAGGUCAGCCAUGCUUCCCAGGAGUGGGAUGCACAAACCAGCCCUUCCCACAGCUCUUCUCCUGCGCUCAGUGUCCCCCUGGAACAGUGGCGAAAGACAAGGAGGGCUACAAAUGUUUUCAACAAAAUCUCUGCCUCCCUCCGUUCGUCUUUCCUUGCCACCCGAUGGCAGAGUGCUCCAGUUCUGGAUACAACUACACAUGCAAGUGUAAGCCAGGAUUCUCGGGCGAUGGCCUCAGCUGCACAGACAAUAAUGAAUGUUUAUCUCCUUCUGCAUGCCCAAAUGCCAAGUUUGAGUGCAUCAACACAGUGGGCUCUGUACGAUGUUCCUGUCGGUAUCAAAAUGCCCAAGACACAGAGACGUGUGGUGAUUCAGCCAAUCCUCCAGGCUGGAAUAUUUUCAACUGCACCUUGAAAUGGAGCCAGACAAGCAGUUCUCCAAAGAAUACCACCAAACUGCUGAGUCAGAUCUUGGCCUUGGGGUUUGAGAACAAGUUCUACAACGCAAGCCUAAAGACUCCAGAAGAUGAGGGAUCUACAGUUGAGUACAGGUUGAAUGUGUCCAGCGACACACCUCACUGGUAUUUGAGAGACUACUUGACUCGGGUCAGUCAUCACUAUGGCUUGGAGGUCUCUACCAUUUUGGUUGGAGACCUAGAUGAAUGCUCCAGUGGUGAGGCCUCAUGUGCUGAAGAUUCACGCUGUGAAAACACCUAUGGUGGGUAUAAAUGCAUGUGCAACAGCAGCAGCAGCCUGGAGUCACAGUCUUGCACCAGUGAUCUAACAUUUAAAAACAACAGCAUAGUGCCCAGCAAGCUAGCGGAAGCGGACUACAGGACGUUGAUCUUGGGUCUGGUACUUGGAAUAGGAAUUCCUCUCUUAAUUCUGCUUCUCAUUGCUAUUGCCAUCUCCUGCUGCCUUUGUACAAGAAAGAGGAAGAUGAAAAGGGAAAUUCCUUCAGCACCAUCUGACUGCAUCCUGCAGGAGAUCUUAUCCUCGCCAUUCAGUUAUUCUGAUCCGGCACUGUUCUACAAGGUGCACUACAUUCCCAGGAUGCAAAGCAGAAGUGACCAUGCUGCACCUCCUUCACAAGAGCAGUUUAAUUGAAUGACUGGGACUUGAGUGCCUGACUAGUGAUUGCCCGUUUAAUUCUCAAAUUUCAAAUUUUUAAUUUCACUAGGGGGCUUUGCCCCCUGCUCGCUUCACUCACCAACCCCCAUUUUUGU